AUGACUUUGGGCACAGCACAAGCUCCAACGGAUCGGAAAGGGAGCUGGCUGCCAUUUACCUUUAGAUGGUAUUCUCUAUUGAUCCCGAUAAGUGCCACCGCCAUCCUGGGCAUAACAAUAUCGCUACUUAUUUGGUACUCGCAACACCACUACGGACUCGGUGCCGAUGACGGAUCUUCUGCAGUACUGUUUGGAUGGCGCUUCACACCAACUCUGCUAGCAGUGCUGUACACACAAUCCACGGUUAUCCUAUUUGAAGAUGCCAAGAGAACGGAGCCGUUCGCUCGAUUAGCUCGAGCACCUUCAGAAGGCGCCAGUGCCUACGGUACAUUACUCCAAACGCCCAGGGCCUGGUGGGCUAUCUUACUGGAUAUCGUCCUCAAGCGCAAGUCGGUCGGUAAAACCAGUUGGUGUCUCAUCUGCACGGCUGUAAUCAAUGUGGUGGCCCUUCUCGCUAUAUCUCCUUUGUCAUCCGCCCUUCUUACAUCCGAAGAGAUUGUAAUCACCAAAGCGCUUGACAUCAGCAGAAGCGUUCCUAGGAUUGGUCUCCAACUGCCCAUUGUCGCCAGUAGAGAAACCUAUUUCAGAACUACGUCUGCGCUGAUGAGGAAUCUCUCUACUUCAGCAUGGAUAAAAGAUACUUCUAUCACCUUUCCGAAUUGGCCGUCUACAGAUACAGCACAACUCGGCCCCGAUCUGGUAUCAAGCUUCAACUCCUGGACGGCAGAGACAACGACAAUACAUGCGAACCUAGGUUGUCGGGACAUGACGCUAGAAAGCGCUGAUCUUGUGCCGAUGGAAUACAAAGAGUACGAUAUCAUGGGACACGGGCCAUACAAGGGCGUAGAACCCAUGGUAGUCUUUGCUUUAGCAUCGGACGACGGUUGCAGACACGAAAUAACCGUUCACCCUGCGGUUAAUCUGGCAAUGCGUGGAGGCUUGACAUGGUCAAACACUUCUACUUUCUACAUUGAGGAUGAGCUGCUGCCCCUCGGUAGAAUGCCGUUUCCCAGUAACGUCUCCUCGACCAGUCCGUAUGCGCGCCACUAUGCCUCUCCAGAAUGUGCAGACCGGGAUAUCAUCAUUCUCAACACCCCGUGGACCAAGCCCGUCAGGUUGGAGCUGAGUGAAGCGGCAGGGACAGGACUUGAGCUCAACAGGACCUAUGAACGCUCGCCUGACUUUCGCAUGAAGGCAUUGCUUUGCAAAUCUCAGUAUUCUAUGGAAACACACAACACUUCUACUUCAAUAGGCCAAGGCAAAGAGCCGAACAUUACGUCCAUGGAGUCGGACCAUAUUCAGCCCGUGUCAAUCACGAAAGAUAUGAUAGACAUCCCUAAAUUUGAAGAGAUGGCACUACAAGACACUUGGAAAUACUAUUUUAACGCCGAAAGCAUAGCGACUGAUGCGGACCGUGCUCUGGGCGGCCAGCUUGGCCCUUACUCCGAUCCGAACAUGACGACCAACGCUCCAGAGUUCUUUGGGCUUGGUCCGCUGCUUGGCGCUCUCUAUUCAUUCAACGUUACCGAAAUGUUGAACGACAGGGAGUUUGUUUCCCGCGCAGAAAGAGUCAAAGGAAGAUUCUUCACGGAGUGUCUUCGCGAGGCCUUGAACGACCCCGACGUAACACGCGUCGAAGUUACAAAAGGGAAGGCAACAGUGGUCGAAAAUAGAAUCAUGGUACUCCAAGAGAUCGGAAUCGCUUUGGCUACCCUCUUCUUGGUCUCCUUCUUGCUACUCAUCAUGGUAUUUUGGGUCUCACGACUAUCAUUUCGGCCGCUCGACCUCAGCAUGGACCCCGGCAGUACCCUUGGACAUGCUAUAAUCCUCCAACCCUAUUUUGCGAUGUCGCAACGGCCAACACCCAUCACCAAUGGAGCGGGUCUUACGUACCGUUCCAAAACCUGGGCUGGUGCGGCUAUCAAAGCCGCCCGCAACAAGCAUUGGAUGCUGUUCCUAGUCGCUACUGGAAGCGUUCUCUGCCAAAUUCGAUACUGGUCCCCAGUAAAUGUCGAAGAGUUUCCAAACGCAGACAGUCAGUGGCCGGUUCCAUUUGUUACGAAAUGGAUCGUUGGUAAGCCUGUAACAGUACCAGGCAGAGACGAGAACCAAGGACCAAUGCUGCUUUUCAAAGAUGUACCCGAUUUACAAGCCGCUCGUUGCAUGCCGAUAGUGGAGACGUCAGAUGCCAAAGUGGUCGUGGACGUGGAAACGGGCAUGGUCCAAUCCUAUGAGAUCAUCAGCCCCGUCGGCCCUGCAAAAUCAGCAUGGUCCGAAGUGUUUGUCCGACACGCGCCGACCCAUGGCAACGCAACGCAGCAAUACGACAAAAAAUACCGAGGACCGUUGAACGUCACCACGAGUUAUGGGGUCUUAUUCAUGGGAUCCAUGUUCAAGGCCGCUGACCCGAAUCUUGGGCCAGAAGGGACAUUAUUCAUGGAAUCUCUUCGCGACAAUGCCUUCAUCAUGCGCGACGCUGAAACCGGCAUGAACAUGGACCUGAUGACAUACAGCAUGUAUAGCCUCGCCAACAAGGAUCCGCAGGCUUUGCUCGACUACGCAACACUUGUCACACACGCAAACCAUACCUUCCAAACUUUCUUCCAGCACUUCAUCAGCAAUGGUCUAUCUCUAGAGCAAGGCGGUUGGGGGUACCAAAAGAUCGGCGACAACAGUACACAUGCGUUAGGAGAGCCAGUGACAUUGGAUGGCAGGGUUCUUCCGCGACGCAAGUUCUUCAUAUGA